CCAAGACGAAACUUAAGCAUCUCUCCGAACAGCACCUUACGAUCCGAAGGCAACAUCACCAGGCAAUAAAAACUACGAAACAACUUUCGCAUUGCGACCAGAUACAGGCUUCACAGAGGAAUUCCGGUAUAUCUGCUAGGUGGAAGAAAGCAUCUCAAUUCGACAUGGCGUCGCAAAACAUCAAGGGCGUGUUGCAGCGGAAGAUGCUCCAGAUCGAUGUGACGUUUGGCACUUAUCUGUUUUCGCCAAUCGAGAAGUUUGCUUAUUAUUCAAUCGUCUUCUUGCUCUUCAGCCUGACCUCCAUCGCCAUAAUUCUGUACCUCCCGCAUCACAUCUCCAUUCUGGCCGGCCGCGCGUGGUACUACAUCCACGGCGAGACUAUUGAUAUCGCGGCAUCCGCGCGGGACGUCCUGGGCAGCGCUCUGGGGGCUGGUAAGGACGCUGGAGCGAUUGUCAGGGAGCUGUGAGGUGGAGAAAAAAAAAGACUGAUGGGCCGAGGCUCUUAUGAAGUUAUGGAUACGAAAUACUGAGACCCCAGAGAGAAGGAACCGAUAAGCUACCUGGCGAAUUGGACCAUUCGACGUAAUAU